UCUUCACUUGCAUUUCGAGCGCGCAGGCGACUGGUUGGAGCUACCGUCUCAAGACCUUAUUGAGAAGAAGCAUACCCCAUAUAUACCUAUAUUACCAAAGUAGUAUACAGGAGAUUUUUUGGAGUGACGCCUCUCGUGUGGUUUUGUUUUGCUUCGGACUUUCCAGCGGAGCGGAAACAAUUUCGGUGUGAAAAUUUGCAUAAAAUUACCCCCGCGAAACGGACAAAGAAACGAAAAACGUUAAAGGAAAGCGAUUUAAAGCCUCUGGGCAGUUAGUUUUCAAGCUUGCAAAGUGCGUGCGAAACCCAUCGUCGUGUGUGGAAUUUAUAUAACACCAGAAAAGAACACCUACCUCGGGGGUUUGGCUUAAUCUCAACCCGAAACUCCAUAAAUCCCGGAAUCCAAAAUGCAGCCCCUGAAGCGCUUCACACAAUGCGGCAGUCUGACCAUGCUCUUCGGCAUCUUCAUCAUCCUCUUCGGGGUCAGUUCCACGGCACUGACCACUUUUGGCAAGACCAAUAACCAGCCGCCGCCCACGCACGUUCCCAUUGUCAAAGGACGCGAGUGCAGUGCCCACGAUGAGUGCACGGCAAUAGAUCGCACCAGCUGCGUCAAGGAUCCAAGUGACUACAAGUUGCGAUGUCUCUGCGGCGAUGACUCCGCUCCUUCGGCUGGCAGCUGCCCGGAUGUCCUGAAAGGCCUGCGUCACAAGUGCAACAGCAGCAACGACUGCGAGGACGGAAUGGUGUGCCAGCUCGAGAAUAGCAACCGCACCAUCGGAGUGGCCAAGUUCAUGUCUAGCAAGACCAAACUGUGCCUGUGCGAUAAUGACAACGGAUAUGUGGAGGACAUCCUACACGACAUCUGCAGUGGCGCCAACUUGCAAGGCCUGGUCAGCUUCUUGGUCUCGAUCUGUUCGCUUCUGGCGCCCUUUUUGGUAUCCGCCCACAUGCGAAAGCAUUUCUAGAAGGCGACCUAAGGAGCUCAUGGAAGUCGUAGUUUGGCGUUUGUCUCCCCUAGUGAUCCAUCAAAUGUGCCUCAGUGAAACCAACAGAAACAAAAAGCCA